CUACAGCGAGGACACGGAGAGAGAGAGAGCGAGAGAGAGAGAGAGAGAGAGAGGAGAGGGAGAGACUAACCCAGCACCGCGGACCCGCCAGCUCCAUUCAUCACCGGACACCAAACAAGAGUGAAACACCUCCAUGUCUGACUCACCGGGGAGAACCGUCUCGUUUGUGUGACAGCAGGGACAGCGGCAUCGGAGGAUCGCACCGAGGAGGAGCAGGAGGACCGGCUCGAGGGAUCGCGUCCGCCUCAACUGUUUUCCCACUAGAGAAGCGGACGAACCCAUGCGAUCGGAUGUAUUCGGACUUAUUGGUGGCUGUGGAUCCAGCGUGAAGUCGAGAAAAGAGUCGGAAAGUUGCAGAGUGCAAGCGACGGAUCUUCAUAGAUUAAUAUAUUGAUAUAGAAAUAUCUAUUUUUUUCCCUCUCUCACGGCAAGAAGUGACGGGGUUUGAGAAGUCCAAGGACAGCUGCGAAACCAUUUUCUCUCUCUGAUUUUAUUUAUUCUACUUUCUGAAAAUGAAAAAAAGGGGCGGAAUUCCAUGAAGUUGUGAUAUUUGCCGUCACAAAAAAAAUCCGUCUUCCUGCUAAAACCAAAGAUUGUAAAUGUGCUUACGGAUCUCUACCAUUUCCUUCUGAGACGAUAAUAAAAUACCUCAUAAUUUAUUGAAAGUUGGAAAGUCAAGAGCCCAUCAGAACUCCCAAAGGAAACGUUUUCUUGUGUUUCACUGUGGCUUCUUCUGCCUCUUUGCUCUCCAUAUUAGAAAGACAAUACACGGGGAUUACACCGGGACUGCUUUCCCAACGGCUUUAUCCCUCACACCUUCUCCAAAUAAUGAGGAUCCAGAGCAUGACAAGCCUGAUUUAGACACUAUCUGGUGUGGAUUAUCACCACUUUCCUGCCUGACCCGACCGUCACUAAAGUAGCAGAGUGCAGAAGGUUGGAACAAUGCCAGAUUCACCUGCGGAUGUGAAAACCCAGCCCAGGUCCACCCCACCCACAAUGCCUCCUCCACCCCCGGCGGUCAGCCAGGCGACCAAUCGCAACGCUUCGUUCACUCCGACCACCAGUAAAUCAAUGCUCAAUGGCAGCAGCCACUCUCCCACGUCGCUGAAUGGUGCCCCCUCCACCCCAAACGGCUUCAGCAACGGGCCGGCCAUGUCCUCCACGGCCUCGCUGUCCAACCAGCAGCUUCCACCAGCUUGCGGCGCCCGGCAGCUCUGCAAGCUGAAGCGCUUCCUGACCACGCUGCAGCAGUUUGGCAAUGACAUAUCACCCGAGAUUGGAGAGAGGGUGCGCAGCCUGGUGCUGGGACUGGUUAACUCGACGCUCACCAUUGAAGAGUUUCACUCCAAACUCCACGAAGCCACCAACUUCCCACUGAGGCCUUUUGUUAUUCCCUUUCUGAAGGCAAACCUGCCUCUGCUGCAGCGAGAGUUACUCCAUUGUGCUCGUCUGGCCAAACAGACUCCGGCUCAGUAUCUGGCUCAACACGAGCAGCUUCUCUUGGAUGCUAAUGCCAGCUCCCCUCUCGACUCAUCUGAGAUCAUGCUGGAGGUGAACGAGCACGGCAAGCGAAGGACCCCAGACAGGACCAAAGACUCCUCGGAGAGAGACGGCUUGCACCCUGAACACCUGGCGAAGAGACCAUGCACCAUCAGCCCCAGUCAGCGAUUCAGCCCCAGCAGCGGACUUUCCUCGCAUCCGCCACCUAAUGGUCUAGCCUCGCACCCGCCCAAUGGUCUGCCUCAUCCACCCAACCCCCAGAUGGGUCCACAGCACUACCGCUUAGAGGACAUGGCCCUGGCCCACCAGUACAGAGACGCCUACAGACACAGUGAACACAGAGAUGCGCGUGACAGACAUCGUCAAACAGCGGUCCAUGGAGCCAGACAGGAGGAGGUGAUCGACCACCGUCUGACAGACCGAGAGUGGGCAGAGGAGUGGAAGCACCUUGAUAAUCUUCUGAACUGUAUCAUGGACAUGGUGGAAAAGACUCGCCGCUCUCUGACAGUCCUGCGACGCUGCCAGGAGGCCGACCGCGAGGAGAUGAAUCAUUGGAUACGGCGCUACAGCGACGUGGAGGAGAUGAAAAAAGGUGGGAGCAACGGACAGCACUGCCUUCCUCCUCCUCCUCUUCCUCCUCCUACUCCUCUCCACAACUCCUCCUCCAACACAGCUAGCAGCAGCGAAGCACUGUCCAUACCAGCUUCCUCCGCUGCAGAGAGGCAGACAGGCAGACAGACAGAAAUCCACAGAGACUUCUUGCACAGACCUCCGUCGGGAUACCUGCCGGAAGAAAUCUGGAGGAAAGCAGGUACCACAAGUAUCCCGCUCUCCCCAGCUCUAAAGCACCUCCAAAACAAGCAGGAGGAAGCGGUCAAUGAAGUGAAGCGGCAGGCGAUGUCAGAGCUGCAGAAGGCUGUGUCGGACGCUGAGAGAAAAGCUCACGAGAUGAUAUCAGCAGAGCGGUCAAAAAUGGAGAGGGCGCUGGCCGAGGCCAAGAGGCAGGCUUCUGAAGAUGCACUGACAGUCAUCAACCAGCAGGAGGACUCCAGUGAAAGUUGCUGGAACUGCGGGAGAAAAGCCAGCGAGACGUGCAGUGGCUGCAACACAGCUCGCUACUGUGGCUCCUUCUGUCAACACAAAGACUGGGAGAGGCACCACCAUGUUUGUGGUCAAGGCCUGCAGGGGAUUCCAGGCAGCAGCAGCGUCCCACUGGGCACCCCGUCGUCCUCCACCACGUCUCCAACGUCCUCAAGUGUCCCUCCCACCCACUCCGAGAGCACACCGCCUGGACCCCUGUCUCUGGUGGGCCAGAAUAGUCUUGCGGGAGCGGUGGGCAGCGCAAGUGGAAGUCUGUCUGCGAGUCCGAAAGAGAGCAGUUCCAGCAGUGUCUCUCGCUCCACGACCCCAGCCACCCCUGCUCUCUUGGAUGCCACCUCCCGCUGACCUUUGACUCCAUGUUUUUCUGUGGCCAUACUCCACAUGAAACCAAACUAAGAAACUUUCAUCGCACACUUUUUUUUCUUCCGAUAUUUAAAUAUCCGUUUUCCAAUCACCAAGUGAACGCGAUCAUAGAGCGGUAAAGUUUUUUUUCCUUCUACCCCCUCCACCUAUUCAGCGUCUAGCCAAUAGAAACUAAUUCAGAUGAAAGUAAACAACAUCCAGGUAGACAUAAAUGAGGAAACUCAGAUGACGACCAGCAUCUGAAUAGUUACCUUCAGUUGUUACUCCCCUGUAAGAGACUUGUCUUCAGCUCUGAAUGGUGCUCUACCAGUCCAAACACUUCACUGAUGUGGCACUGUGAGAGGCUUGAGACAGACGUGUAUUGUUUCGUUAGUUACAAGUGAGGAAAGAGGAACGACCUGCGAUGCAAUUGAAUACUCAGAAUGACAUCUUAGUAUUUACUAUUCUAUCUGGCUUUAAAGGGAAAAUCCAAAUACUCUGAACAAAGUAGUGAUACUGGUGAUGCUGACAACCAUACUAAUGAAAAGAUGGUAAAUUAAUUUUAACUGCGAACUACCUUGCUAGCGAGCCAAGAAAUUUAACACCGGACUCACCUCUCUGAACCCAAAUGAAUUCAAAGAUGAAAAAAAAAAAAACUUGAUCCAAACCUUUGUAUUACACUGCCAAAGUGAGUAAGCAAGCGAUAAGGAGAAGCACUCAUCUUAUAACCAAACAGAAAGCAACAUCACCUCCUCAGCAGACAAGGCGGACCUGAGAAAAGCAAGCUGCACAAGACGGAACCGUCUUGUUUUGAUUGGGGCAAAGAAGGCAGACAGCGGUUCCUCAGACCCUGAGAGUGGACAAUGCUGCGAAUCUGCCUGUGAUAAAUGAACUGCAACCCCGCCAGAGUGUGCAGAAAGGAAAAACAAAAACACUGAGCCUGAAGAGAGAUGAAGACACACGUGGCAACGGAGCCGCCAAAUACAAAACCUCAAACAAGCUUGAAGGCAUUCUCCGCGAUGGUAUUUCAUACUUUUUCAGACGCUUUGAGGUCGAAGAGACUCUCCGAGGAAUUGUUCUUAUCUUUACAUUUACUCCCACAAAUCUCCAAAGUGUGAUGAACAGACAAGUGAACCUAAAGGAGGCAGCGUAGCCUCUCUCUACCUCCCCUCACCCCACAGUACACUUCUGACCUUUUACCAGACUCUCGUCUGCCCCUGUCACCCCAGACUGUUUGGACCACACAGUCAUGACCGGGAAAUUGAUCCUGCUUGUAGAUAUUUUUCCUGUCAAUUUUUCAAUAAUGUCUUUUGUCGCUGAUGUCCACAUGUGCUGCCCUUGUGUAUAUCCACAAAGAUGGACGUUGAUUUGGUUACUUUUCUUAGCCUCCAUUUUCGUUUGGGCUGAGCGAAGAGCAAACAUGGUAGUCGAAGAUACAAAGCCUGACAUCGUACUUAUCAUUUGAUUAGUUGUAUGUAUGACAAAACGAUGAACCCCCCUCUUGUAGAAUAUUUUGUAUUGCUCGCAUUGUAAGACAGUGAGAGGACAGAGGUGCAAUAUGAAGAGAAUUCAGCUACUGAAUGGAACCUCAGCAACUGCCCAUAGGGUGUCAUAUAAUAUAGAUACAUAUAAAUAUAUUUAAAGUAACAUCAUUAACUUAAUGUGAAUGUACAUAGUAUUUAAAGAGGUCCAAAAAUGUGUUUGCCAAAUAACAGAAACCUUUUAAGUCUCUAUGUCCAGAAUCUGAUUUUUUUUUUUCUUUUUCACAGUUUAUUUGUUUCUCAAAAUCAACAAAGCAUUUUCUGUUUUCCACUUUCACACUGAAAUAUAACGUGAUCCUGAGUGGAGGAGACCGAUGAGAAUCGAGGUGAAGGAGCUUCAAAGGAGACCAACUCUGUGUGGCGAAUAUUCGUCGGGAACCACUCGUAUGAUUCAAACAUCCUGCCAUUGUCCUGUAUCAAAUCUAACACCAUCUAUUAGGGGCCUUAGAUCAAAACAAUGACCCAAUUGGAAACUCUUUUAAACCAAAACUGUGCUCACAGUUGCUCCUCUGUAUUGUCUUUUUUUUUUUUUUUUUUAACGCCAUGCUUUUUCAUCCUCCGCUGUCGACCACAAGUUUUGGCGGGAAUUGAACGGCGCGGUUGUGAUAAGUUACAGUGCUUUUUGCUCCGAGAAUAUCAAAAGGUUUUGUUUGUAUGUCAUAAUUGUAGCGUCCGUUCCUUUUUUCUGUCCAAAUCGUCCACUUGUACAGUGUCAUAGCCAGUCCGCGCUCACACUAGCUACCUCCCGUGAACAUACAGCUAAUCACCAGGAGAGGUUUACCUGGACUUUAACAAAUCUUGGUUGACGGUGGAUGCAGGGGUGCACAGACAAACCCUUUCUUUUCUAAACGACUCAUCGACAGGAUAGCAACAGACGUUCCCUACGAGCCAGUUCCAAAAAACGCAGUGCCAUGUGUUGUCCAAAACCCGUGAAAGCACAGACCAAAGUACUUCUGCGUUGCCAUAGUAGGCUUUGACGAGGUGUGUACUGACAUAAAUCAUGAAGUUACAGCUACAGCAGUUAACCAAAUUGUGUGAUAUAUAUAUACAUAUAUAUAUAUACAACACUCAGCGAACAACAGCGACGAGCAAUAAACCCGCCGAAAUAUGGAGAACGCACGUUCCAGUAAUUAAAGUGCUCGGUGUCUAAUCGUGUUUUUGUCAAAACAAUGGUGUCAUCCGCCUCUGAAACGCUUACUGAUAGUGUGUUCUCGCAGUCACAAAGCCUCGCAGAGAUGUAAUGAAGCAGUGUUUUUAUGUGUGUGAAUAAGUGUUUUUGACAUUCACAUCUCUGUACUUGAAACCUUCUGAGCUUUAAUGAAACAUCACAGGCGUUCGUGGAGAGAUUAGAAAAUAUGUAGCAGUUGCUCUCUGCAUUUCACCAACGUUUAUGAUGAGAAGACAGCGACGACAGCUCCCUUCCCCUAUGGCAGUCUGUGCACCCUUGUCUGAUCGUAACCAUCACAUUAACAAAGCCAAACCCAACAGACCACAGAAUAAUGACCAAAACCCAAGGAAAGACUAAACAAAUGCCUUGAAUCCAUUUGUUGAGAAACUAUGUGAGAUUAUUUUCAUUGCAACUCCACAAAUUGUUAAAUGUGACUUUUAUUUUUAUUUUAUUUUUGUUUUCAACAAGUAAGGAAAAAGUAAGGGCUCUGCAGUUAUGAACACAAUUUAAUGUUCAUAAGAAACUUUUAAGUUUUGGUACCAGUGCACAUGGACAAACAGAGAUGCAUAUGCUUGUUUGUUUGACAUUCAUCAAAGUGAUACACAGUAGCAGACACUACUUUGCUGAAAAGGUUGCAAAAGCUAGAUAAAGUCCAUGUCUUCACGAUGAAAAAAAGAAGAAAAAAAAGGUCCUUUUUAUAUUUUCAUAGACUGUGAGUAAAGGCUCAUGUUGGAAAUCAUUCUUCACUGUAUUGUGCAAUACAUUAUCACAGAGAAAAAACAUGUUUCAGUAGGAAACGUUGGUGCCCUUUCUCCUUUCUUUUUACGCUCCUCUUCACUAGGUACCGUUGCCAUUUUAGAUGAUGUAACCUGUGCCAGAAGACUUUUAUUCUGAUUUGUAUUUAUUUCUUGCAUGCUCUCCUCCCUCUUGCUAAUACCGCUCUUUAACUGUUCGCUCUGUUGGAUGUGUGAAGCUGUAAAACAUUCUAAUUCAGGUUAUUGUCUGUGUUGAACAAUGUAACUGUGUAAUAAAAUA